AUGACUAGGAGCAAUGCGUUCUGCCUUCUGGGCGUUUGCCUGUUGAUGCUGUUGGGCUUUAAAGAGGUGGUUGCAUCUGUUGCUCGGUUGAAGAAGGAUGCGGAACCCCACGACCCUGUGGCGGCCACUCGUGGGCUUAUCCACCGACGCCUUGGGGGCAAAUACAACGACCAGAUCUCUCUUCGAGUGUUGCCGUCGGAUGCUGAUGAUCUGGACGUGUUCGAGCUCGGAAGCGAUGGCGACAAGCUCGAGAUCGCUGCCAACUCGGCCACUGCCAUGGCGUAUGGUCUGCAAUGGUACUUCAAGUCGGUGUUGCGUACUCAGACCGACUGGGAUAACCACAAGCUGCAGUUGCCUGAUAAGCUACCGAAAGUGGAGGAACGAGUUCGCCACAAACGCAGCUCCAAGUUCUCGUACUACCAGAACGUGGAUACCGGUAGCUACUCGCUAUGGGCGUGGACUUGGCCGCAGUGGGAGAAGCACAUCGACUGGAUGGCACUUAACGGUAUUAACAUGCCGCUGGCAUUCACCGGUCAGGAGAAAGUGUGGCAAAACACUUUUCACAAAUAUUACAAUGUGAGCUAUGAAGGUCUGGGGAAAUUUUUCGCUGGCUCGGCCUUUUUGUCCUGGGGACGAAUGGGGAACUUGCGUGGGAGUUGGGUGAAAGGGCCUCUGCCUCAAGCAUUCAUUGACAAUCAACAUGAACUCCAGCUACGAAUUCUACAGCGUAUGCGAGAGUUCGGUAUGAUCCCAGCUUUACCAGCAUUUGCUGGCCACGUUCCUGAAGAACUGAAGCUUCGAUUGCCCAAUGCAAAUUUCACCCAGUCGCCAAACUGGGGGAACUUUUCUGAAGAGCACUGCUGCGUCUACAUGAUCGAACCGACCGACUCGUUGUAUCGAGAAAUCGGCAAAAACUUCCUCAAGGAGCAGCGCGCUCUGUACAAUUACACGUCGUCGCUGUAUCAAUGUGAUACAUACAUGGAGAUGACGCCGGAAUUCACAGAUUUGGAGGAGCUGAAGGGAGCUGCUCGAGUUGUAAUCGACGGUAUGACCGCUGCAGAUCCUAAUGCUGUUUGGCUUAUGCAGGGCUGGCCGUUUGUGGAUGACCCACACUUCUGGACGAAGCCUCGAGUGAAGGCGUAUCUUGAUGGUGUGCCAACUGAUAAGUUGAUUAUCCUGGACUUUUACAGUGAGUCUGUGCCUAUUUGGAACAAGAUGGACAACUAUUUCGGCAAGAAUUGGAUUUACUGUGUGUUGCACAACUUCGGCGGGAAUACUGGGAUGCGUGGGGACCUGCCAACUCUGGCUACGGCACCUGUACAGGCGAGUUGGGCAGGAAAUGGUACUAUGGUUGGUGUGGGGCUGACGAUGGAAGGCAUCUUCCAGAAUUACAUUGUGUAUGACCUCACGUUGCAAAUGGCUUGGGUGGAUACUCCUCUAGAUGUGAAUAAUUGGGUGUCCAGGUACGCGGCACAACGAUAUCAUACGCACAAUGAGCACGUCGAGAAAGCGUGGAACUACCUUUUGCGGUCGGUGUACAACCGUACCAUGGCCUAUGGCGGUGUAACCAAGAGUUUGGUGUGUUUAAUUCCUCGCUGGAGGCUUUUGUACGACAGAUUCCAGCCUACGCUUAUCAAGUACGACCCGAAUGAUGUCGUGCUGGCAUGGAAAGAGUUGCUGUUGGCUGGAAAGGAAUUGUGUGAUGUGGACACGUACCGACACGAUUUAGUGGACGUCACGAAGCAGUUUCUGAGCAACAAGUUGCUGGAGCAGUAUAUACAUCUGAAGGCUGUGUACAAUGCAAAGAAGGCGUCAUCGAAAGAAGUGUGUGGGUUGACAAAGACCAUGCUUACCACUAUGGAACGUCUGGAGGAAAUUCUCGCAACAAGUGAAGACUUUCUGCUUGGCAACUGGAUUGGUGACGCGCUGGCCCUUGCUGGAGAUUUAAGUGAAGGUGAAGAUAAAGUGACGCGGACCAAAUUGCAAGAGUACUAUGAGUAUGAAGCGCGUAACCAAGUCACGCGUUGGGGAGACAACAAUAAUGAGGCUAUUCACGACUAUGCCGGGAAGGAGUGGGCUGGUCUCGUCAAAGGAUACUACAUCCCUCGCUGGACUAUGUGGCUGUCUGAAGUCUGCAAUGCCUACACUGACAAGCGUGAAAUGGACGAGAAGACACUGAAAGAAAAGCGUAUAGCCUUCGAAUUGAAGUGGCAGCUCAGCCACGAAUCGUAUCCAACUACGACAGUCGGUGAUUCUUUCACGGUUUCCAAGCGAUUCUACAGUGAGUACAUCGCUUCCACUGAUUUGAUUCCAUGGGAACUCUUCGGAGAAAUUCUGUCAGUGGCGUAG